CAUAACUUAUCAAUUACUAUGAAUUACUUAUGUAAAUACUAAAUAACACCGAACUUAGAGUUAGACAUUGAAUUCUAGUGUUCAUUUUUAAUUUGACUAACUCUCGUUUUCUGCUCUUUGUAUUUAUAUCGUUUAAAUUUAAACCGUUUUUGAACAAAAUUGAAAUCAACUUUUACCGUCUUGGUGUGUAGUUGAACGUUAUUGACCAUAACGAUGUCGAACACUGGAUCUAAUGUUCAACCAGUGUUCACGUAUACAAUUGGUGGUGUUAGAAUUGAAAUGCCAGUCAAACCAUAUCCUUCUCAAGUUUCCAUGAUGGAUAAGGUUAUUCGUGGCUGUCAAAAACAACAAAAUUGCCUUUUGGAAAGUCCUACAGGGUCUGGAAAAACAUUGGCUUUAUUAUGUUCGGCGUUAGCAUGGCAGAGAGCAGAAAAAGCACGUUUAGAAAAAUUCUCGGAAGAAGAAUUUCAACAGAAAUUAAUAGAAUGGCAAUUGAAGGAGCAACAAAAGAAACAACAAAAGGAAAAGAAUCAGAAAAAACCAAAUACUCCAGAAAAGAAACAGAAAAAACUAAAUACUCCAGAAAAGAAACUUGCAGAAACGAACAUUUCACCCGCUAAAAAUAAAGGAUUAUGUUUGUCAACAGACGUCACUAUCAGUGAUGAUUCGGAAGAAGAAAUGGCCAUAUUUAAACAGCCCGUUAAAAAGAGAAAAAUAAAUAACAGCAAAGAUUUGGACAUGUCUAAUGGCAAGAGUAAGUCGAAUGAUGAUUCGAUAAUGACCAAUGAUUCCAGCGCUAACAGCAGUUUAAUGACAGAAGACGAAGACGAAAAUAAUGAACUAAAAAUAGAAAAUAGUGAACCAAAAGUAGAAAAUAAUUUACCGAAAAAGUCUAAACCAAUUACACCUGUGAUAUAUUUCUGUACGAGAACCCAUAAACAAAUUGAACAAGUUAUCAAAGAAUUACAAAGAACUAGUUUCAAUAACGCCAAAAGUUGCGUGUUAGCAAGUCGUGAACACACGUGUAUUCAAGAUUCUAAUAUAUACUACCCUCAGAUAUCAUACAAAUCAAAAACUGAAUUAUGUAAGGAUUUAUUAGAUCCAAGAGCGAGACGGAGAAAUUCGAUAAAAUUAAAGAGAGCACUUGAUAGGUGUAAUUAUUACGAUAACGGUGGUGUGAGAAUAAGCACGUAUGGUCAACUAGCCAAGUUUGGAGUACCAUCUGUUUGGGAUGUUGAAGACAUAGUGCGUUUGGGCAUUACUAAACAUUCUUGUCCAUACUAUGGAACGCGAUUAUUGCUUAAAACUGCCGAAAUCGUCUUUUGUCCUUACAAUUAUAUCAUCGAUCCGGUCAUCAGAAGUACAAUGAACCUGAAACUUAAAGGCCAUGUGAUAAUUGUAGACGAAGCUCAUAAUAUCGAGGAUCAAUGCCGUGAAGCUGCAAGUCUGCAAUUAGAUCAGACGCUUAUGAAUUUAGCCAAAGCAGACUGCGAAAAAAUAUACAAAUCUUGUGGUAACUCAGUGACUUACGGAAGACUGGCUCGAUAUUUGUCCGAUUUGUCAAAGUGGAUUGAUCAAAAGUCUGGUGAUAUUAAAAAUUACGACGAUUAUAAUCGUGGCGUUUUAUCGUGGUCUGGCACAUACACCAUAGCCAGUUUUGAUGAUUUUGGUGUCGGUUUGACGGCCUUCGAAAUGUUUAAAAAAGAUUGUGAAGUAGCGCUGGCUGAUUUGGUUGAAGAAGGUGAACCCGAUGAAACAAAAAAUAGUAAAAAAGAAAAUGUAGAAAAUGAAUUGAGUGAUAAAAAUGAAAAUGAAAUGAUAGAAAACCAUUCAUCUAAAGAUCAAAACUCUGAUUUGGUUAUUACGAAUGCUACUAAAACUUUAUUGUCGUCGAUUUGUUCAGUGUUUAGUUUGUUUUAUGAUGAGAAGUACAAAUAUGAUUACCACGUUUCCUUAGCGAAGGUCAUGCAAUUAAAAAAAUUUGAACACAAAGGACGAGGAAUCUCGACGGGCAUAGACGGAUGGAUUAACAGCGGCGAUGCGGCGGAACCCAAUGACUCGCGACCGGUGUGGAAUAAUGUGGUCAGCUUCCUGUGUUUGAACCCGGCAGCCGUGUUCGACGGACUUAAAUCGACGGUACGCAACAUCAUCCUCACGUCCGGCACUCUGUCGCCGAUGCAAUCGUUCCAGUCCGAGCUUGGUACGCAGUUUCCGAUUGCCCUCGAGGCAUCCCAUGUCAUCAAACAAGACCAGUGUUGGGUGUCGUCGGUGGGCGUCGGGCCGAGUGGUACGGACCUGAACGGUCAGUUCCAAAACAUUAACACGUACAGUUAUCAGGACGAGAUGGGCAAAGUACUGUUGGACGUGUGUGCCGUGGUGCCACACGGCGUGCUGUGCUUCAUGCCAUCGUAUACGCUCAUGGAUAAGCUGUACAACCGGUGGCAGGUCACCGGACUCCUGAACCGCCUCAGCCAGAUCAAGGUGGUCAUGUGCGAGCCCCGCCGGGGCGACCAGCUCGAGGAGUUGAUGGCCAAAUAUUACGCUGCCGUCCGGGGGGAUGAGGGCGGCCCGCGUGGUGCGCUUUUCCUAGCCGUGUACCGCGGAAAAAUCAGCGAGGGGUUGGAUUUCUCAGACAACAACGCUCGAGCGGUAGUAGCCGUUGGCAUUCCGUUUCCGAAUUAUAAAGAAGAAUCCGUUAAGCAUAAAAAAGAUUACAACAACAAGCACCACAAGAACAAAGGGCUGUUGCCCGGCUGGGAAUGGUAUCAGAUACAGGCCUAUAGAGCUUUGAAUCAGGCACUCGGCCGGUGCAUCAGACAUAAGAACGAUUGGGGUGCUAUCCUAUUGGUGGACAGUAGGUAUGAACAGCCCAAGAACCAGACCGGACUGUCGAAGUGGAUAAGAGGAAGGGUCGAAAAUAAUGGUUCAUGGUCAACAAUCAUGACCAAACUUAAGAACUUUGUAGAGACGAGACAGCUGCACGACUCUACUGCAGCAGCUCUAACUUAAAUGUUAUUUUUGUACAUUCUUAUAAGACUACAACACCUCAUUUAACUCAUUAUUUAUACAUUAUUAGUUAUAGUUUUCUUAUUGGUGGUUAUCAUCAGUAAGCAAAAUACAUAAAUGUAUAAUAAUAAUAAUAAUAUUUAUUUUUCUAU